GUCUAAAAUGAUGUCUUCACGGAUUACGCUGUCCGUAGUGCUGGUCACUUUCCUCUGGACAUCUCAGAAUACAUUAGGCUUUGUCACUAUUCAAAGUGAUGAAACGUUAUGUCCUUACCCUGCAGUUCCUAUAUAUGCCACGGUGGCGCUAUCUAACGAAGCGAGAUCCGUGGGCACGACGGUGACGUAUACGUGUGACGAAGGAUAUGAACUAUUCGGCGAAUCUUCUCGUCAAUGUCUUCCUGAUGGCAAAUGGAGUGGAGAUCUCCCUAGUUGCGCUGUGAAUGUAGCUUAUGGCAAGCCGGCCAACCAGUCAAGCACUGUACGAGGAGGAGAAGCCAGUCACGGAAACGAUGGGGACUUGACUACUGUGCAUGAGAAUAAGUACUGCACGGAAACAAAAGCAGAGGAUUCUCCUUGGUGGCAGGUAGACCUGCUACAUGCGUACCCCAUUAAAGUGGUUCGGAUUGUCACAAGAGGAUGUUGCGGUCACAAACCACUCCAAGAUCUGGAAAUCAGGGUUGGUAACAGCUCAACAGUACAAGGAAAUAGACUUUGCGCUUGGUAUCCACAAACGUUGGGGGAUGGUGUGACCAAAGAUUUCUCAUGUGCCUACCCCAUAGUCGGACGCUAUGUGUAUGUGCAAAUGGUUGGAAUUCAAGGAUCAUUAACAGUUUGCGAAGUUAUGGUUUUCACAACUCAAGAAAUUUCCUCCGGCCGAUGUGGAAAUCAGCUGGAGCCUUUGGAGCUGACCACUUUCAGCCGGACUUGCUACGAAUUCCAGACGCAGAAGGGGGGUUCCUUCGACACCGCCGUCGACUAUUGCCGGGCUCGGGGUGGGCUCCUGCUGCACGGAGUCCGGGACCUGACCCACCACUUCAUCGCCUCGGAGUUGGAGAGACGCAAGGAGAGUCUCAAGUCGAAAUUGGUGUGGCUCGGAGCACAGAGGGACUCGGGGCUUAGGUCAAAGACGUGGCAUUGGGUGGAUGAUACAUCUGUCCCGCAGUAUCUAUGGGCAGAAGAUCAGCCCAACAAUUACAAUGGUCAACAGAACUGCAUUGUUCUCGAUGGUGGUAGGAGAUGGUUGUGGAAUGACGUCACAUGCGAUUUGGACUACUUGCCUUGGGUGUGUCAAUACAGUCCAUCAAACUGCGGCAAUCCCGACCGGCAAGAAAACUCAACGGUCCUGGAGAAAGAUUUCCGGCUGGGUCAGUCGGUCACUUACCACUGCCCGACGGGCAACAAAGUGGUCGGAGAUAGGGUUCGCCGGUGCGAGAGUAACGGAUUCUGGAGUGGGGCCGCGCCCACCUGCGAAUAUGUGAACUGUGGGGAGCUCCGUAACAUCAACUUCGGAAGAGUCACAUAUCCUGAUAAACGAACAACGUACAAUGCAACCGCUAUGUACGUAUGCGACGAAAAUUAUACCUUAGUCGGAGACAGGACACGAAGAUGUGCUGAAGAAGGGAAAUGGAAUGGCACCGAACCAAGUUGCCAGUAUCACUGGUGCCCUAGCCUCAGCAUGCCCAACAACGCCACCAUGGAGUUGACCGGCGUGAAGGCGGGGGACGAGGUCAAGUACACCUGCGACAGGGGACACAAGCUUGUCGGGGACGAGGUCCGGAAAUGUCAACUGGGAGGCCAAUGGACGGGAAGAGAUCCCAUCUGCAAAUUUGUGGAUUGCGGCCGACCUUUAACACUACAGCAUGGAAUGUUUGAACUUAUGGACGAAGGGUUUACAACUUAUCAAAGCCGGGUGUCUUAUAGGUGCAACGAUAAUUACACAAUCGUGGGUCACGAUCAACGAACGUGCUUAGAAACCGGGAAGUGGAGUGGAAGGGAACCUACCUGCAAGUUGAUUGAAUGUGGACGGCCAGACGUUCCGGAAGGUGUUGAAAUACCAAAAGACGCAACUUUCACAGUGCAUUCAGAAAUUCACUAUCGCUGCAAGCCUGGCCACAAAAUAUCUGCAGUCACGACAAACGAUUUGAAUACGCUCAAAACAGGGGGCACAACUGUCAAGUGUAAUCGUGACGGAAAGUGGUCGGGAUCUUUACCUACAUGUAUUUAUGUGGAUUGCGGACGAGUACAGCCAUUGCUCCGAGGAGAAGUGCAAUAUAGCAAUGGCACGACCCACCUGAGCAGCAUUGCAAGUUACUCGUGCAACGUAGGAUUCCGUUUGGUCGGAAAUCGUAUCAGACAGUGCACAGAGAAUGGCAAAUGGAGCGACAAUGCACCAAAGUGUGAAGAAAUUCGUUGUGUGCCUCCAGAAGUACCAAAGAAUUCCACAGUCGUGUAUGGUGGUAACGACAGAGCCUCAGCUGACUCCUUCCGAGUCGGUUCAACUGUUCAGUAUCGCUGCAUUCCUGGACACCUGCCAGUCAAGGGAGAGCCCCUGAGAACUUGCCUGCCUACGGGUGUUUGGUCCAACAAUCCACCGUUAUGCAUGUACAUCGAUUGUGGUCUGCCUCUCCCCGUUCCUCACGGCCAUUGGCUGCUGCCUUCCAACACCACGUUUUACGGAAGUCAAGCUGAAUACGUCUGUGAUGUGAAUUACGAAAUACAUGGUCCGCGAAGACGACUUUGUCUCGAAAAUGCCACUUGGAGCAAUAAGGAACCAACUUGUGACGUGGUAUCAUGUGGUCCCCCAGAGACUAGACUGUUUCAAUCCUACGAAGGCAACAGCUUUGUGGUGGAGCACUGGAUCACUUACAGCUGUGAUAUGGGCUAUGAACUUGUGGGCAAUGCUAGCAGAAUGUGCGAGAACGAUGGCAAAUGGAGUGGAGAAACGCCCUAUUGCAAACUUGUUGACUGUCAAACUCCAUCGGCGAUAGCUAAUGGGCAAGGCUUUCUCGCCAAUGGUACCACAACGUACGAAAGCGUGGUCUAUUACCGAUGUCUUCCCGACUUCCAGAUGGUGGGCGAGUCUUCCAGAACCUGCCUCUCGAAUGGAGAAUGGAGUGGACUCGAACCUAAAUGCAUUGAUGUUGAACUUGAAAUUGAAAAUACUGCUGAUGGUAGACAUUCUGAUGGUCAAGAAGCAGAUGCUUCGAAAACUAUUGGUAUUGCAAUAGCAGUUGGAGCUGGAGCUUUGCUAAUUAUUAUUAUUAUUGCCGCUGCCUUCUGCAUAAAAACACGGAAGGCCAAAGCCGUCAAGAGCACAACCACCACAACACUGUCCAAUCGCAUCGAGCACAAAGACACAUCCACCCUAAGAGCAUACCCCAGUAUAACAGCCAUCACUGCCACAGACGCGCAUAACGGGACUUCGCCGUUUGGGAAUGGGGCCGUGAGGAACAAUCCUAACGGUCUGGUCACGUUCAGCAGCAACCCUCAACCCAUCUAUGCGAACGUGAACGGGAACGGGAACGGGAACGUCAACGACGACAACGGCAUUCAGUCCGUCACAGUCAGACAGCUAAGAAACGGAGUUAUUCAAAGCGAGAGUCUUUGAAGAGGAAAACAGUUUGAAACAAAUGUUCAAGGUGUCGAUUUGGAGCAAAAGUGUGGUGUACCAACUAAAAUAUAGUUUGAAUGAUGAAUUGUUUGUUUCUUACGUGCGUGCCUUCCAACAUUCGUUACCCAGUCAUCCUGACCGACAUAACAGAAAAUGGCCGGCAUCUUAGAAAAAACUUUUUAUAAAUAUUUAUAUUGUAAACUUUUAAAAUCCUUCUUAUGUCGGUAUUUCCAAAUUCAUUAAUUUUGAAUUUGACUGAUUUCCGCAUCAACUACGGAAAUUCCUCAGCAGUUGGAGAGUAUGUUCACAUGUUCUAUGAAAGGAAUUUAAGCCAUCUCAGAAGUAAAUUCUUCAGUGAAAUUGUUCGUCUAUUGCAUUUUAAUCUGAAUUAGUUUCAAUAGAAGUCUAAUAAUGAUAUUUCUCAGAUCCUACAACUUUUGUACAAAGGUGUACUUUAUGCGAAGAGCAUAAAAUGCUUUUCAUAAUUUUUCUUUGGAUGAUCAGUUAAUGAAUGAAUUUUUAUGGAACAAAUUAUCAUAAAGUGUAGUGAGCUUGUGAUAUAAAAACUGCUUUUACACUUGAAAAUGUUGAAUUUUGCCAACUAUAGGAGAACUACCAAAUCAACUGUACGAGAACUCAAAAUCUGAACGGUUUCUCACGGACUUUUGAAGGUAGCUUUCACUUGAUUUCAAAAAAUUGCAAGGUUUACCAAAAUACUCAAGAAAGUUUAUUGGAACGAACAAUUAGAGCACAGUUCACUUUGCAACAUCUUGCAAUCAGACGCUUAAUUAUUGCAGGAUUUGUGCUUGAAUUUAAGUUAACUCAAGAUUGCAUUGGAAAGUGAAAAUAAGUGUUCUGAAGUAAAAGAAAGAAAGCAUGUAAAUGACUUUAUGGAAAUCUUUAAGUUUCAUUUUUACUUUCUCCUUCAAAAAUAUGUGUUUGUGUUAGAUAAAGAUUUAAUUUAUUAAUUUAUUUGUGCUAUUUCAAAUAAGAAAAACAUAUCUUGUACGAUGGAACGUGUGGGAAAAUAAUAUAAAAAAAUAUUCUUGUUUUUUUUUUUCUAGAUUUCAGCCUUAUUUAAGAAUGAGCAAAUUUUUAGAAUAGAUUUCCAUUCAUUUUACGUUUUUAAAAAGCAUUAUUUUUAAGUUUAUAAAAAAAUAUUCUUUUGUUUUAGGUACGUGAUGUACUCUUUUUAAUAGGAAUCUGUAGGAUUAAGUUAGAGCAAAAUGGCAGCAAACUGAUGAGACAUAAAAAGAUAUUCAAUUACUAGCAUGCUCAAUGUUUUAUUUUAGUGAAUGGACACUUAACUAUUUCAGUUAAGUAAAAUUAACAUUUAGAACAAACCGUAAAAUGUCGAAAGUAAGUUGUGUUUCAAAAUUUACUGUUUUAGCUUUUAAUAAACACGUUAUUCUGUAUACUAAGAAUAAAUUCCCUUUCUGAACCCUUCUACUUGCUUAUGAAACUUGUGAUUCUUCAACGACGAAUUUGAAAAUCAACCUUAAACGAAUUCAAAUGUAUACAAGAUUAUACAUUUAGCAAUUUAUCUAUGGCACUAUGGCAUAGUAAUUUAUCUAUGGCACUAUGGCAUAGCAAUUUAUCUAUGGCAUUAUGACAUAGCAAUAUAUCUAUGGCACUAAAAGGAAAUGUAUGCCAAGGCAAAACCAUAGCCCCCUUAAUACUAAUGCCUGUCGUUUUCUCGCUUUUAACAUAUAGGAAAAAUAAACUCAAAUCGAGGGAACAGUAAAUUUUGGUACGGAGACUACUGCCAUCUAUCGAAGGGGUUAUAAAUUGAAAGCAAAGAAAGCAAUUAGUUAAUGUCUUAAUUUAUAUUUUAAAAUUAACCAAUUAACGAUUUGCUUUGAAUUGUUUGGAUCCAUCGCCAUAGCAACGCGUUUGUUAGAUUGCCGCUAUGUAACUCUGUCCUCCGUAUCCGAAUGCAAUAGGCAGGGCGUUGGGAAAAACUAUAUGCUCAAGGCAAGGGGGAAAAUCUGAAGUUUUGUACCAAAAAGUGAGACUAUACUUAAUAAGCAAUAAAAAUUAAAAAGUUAACUUAAAACAAAAAAAUAUACAUAUCAUAUGUAUUUUUAAACUAAUGACUUAAUCCUGCAUUUUGCUCUUGAAAAUUUAUAGUAAAUGUAAAUUUUAGGAAAUUACCUAAUUUCGAUUAAGUGAAAAUAGUUAGUUUCUAAGAAAGAAGUUGGUAGUUAUUGCAUAAAGAUUUUAAAGUACAUUUUAACAAAGGGAUGAUGAAGAUUUUAAAGUACAUUUGAAAAAACAUAAAUAAAUUUAAAGGGUUAAAAUUUUUACUCUUUAAAUUUAUUUAUGUUUUUUUUAAAUAUGUCUCUAUUAUUUUCUUUUAAUUAAGUUACUAUUAUUUUCGUUAAAAAGAGAUCAACACUGCUUUCAAGUAUGGCUGGACCACUUAGUUCUAUAACUUUAUAGUAAAAUAAAUUAUUGAUACAAAUCUCUGUCCGUCUAUUUUAUGUGCCUUUGUA